CAUCAUUAACACGGUCAUUUCUUGAAUGUAUACUUUGCUUUGUGGUUAUUUUAUGAGGAAUUAGAGGAAUGAAAGCUAUAGGGAAUUUACGCAGCGACCGUUAAUUAUAACUUCUAGCACACGUGCGUGCGUAAAGUGGAUGGCUGGGCGCGCACACAAGCAGCAUAUCACUGCGGGAACAGCUGUUGUCAGACGCGUUAUUUGGAGUGGGAGUGAAGGCUAUGGACGAUUUAUCGACUGAUCCCCUCUCGCACUGGAUCCACCUUCCAUAGAACAUCUCCUACGGUCUACUUUUGUCUGAUCCACGAGCUUUUAUUAAAGUCUACCUGAAAAUGAGACGCAUAGAAAACAAUCGGUGAUUUUUCGUGUUUUUCAGUUUUUUUGUUUUUGUUUUUUUCUUCAAAAGAAGAUUUAGACUUUAAAGGGAUUCUGCUUUUUUGUUUGUGUUUCACUUGGAUAUGGCAUAUCUCUGGAUCCAGUAAGAGAAUUUUACAGCGUCAGACGCGUCUGCAGCGGGGGAGAGCAGUGGAGGGACACGGAAACUUGUGUGGUGCAGGAGACGGUCUCUGAAUCUGCGCUGCCACAGUUGUCACAGACAGAGAAGAGCCAUGGUUACUUCACUCCUACUGAUGCUCAGCUGGACUGUGAUCUCUGAGGUUGUGAGAGCUCAGAAUGACACGGAACCGAUCGUCCUGGAGGGCAAAUGUCUCGUGGUCUGCGACUCUAAUCCGGCAACGGACUGGAAGGCUUCAUCCUCUCCGCUCGGCAUCUCGGUGCGCGCCGCCAACUCCAAGGUGGCUUUCUCUGCAGUCCGGAGCAACAACCAUGAGCCAUCGGAAAUGAGCAACAAAACAAGAAUAAUCUACUUCGAUCAGGUUCUUGUGAAUAUAGGAAACUACUUCACAUUUGAAUCAGUAUUUCUGUCCCCGAGGAAAGGAGUCUACAGUUUUAACUUCCACGUGAUUAAAGUGUACCAGAGCCAAACCAUACAGGUGAACUUGAUGUUGAAUGGGAAACCAGUCAUCUCUGCCUUUGCGGGUGACAAAGAUGUAACUCGCGAGGCAGCCACUAAUGGAGUUCUGCUCUAUCUUGAAAAAGAGGACAAAGUCUACCUUAAGCUGGAGAAAGGAAACCUAGUUGGUGGAUGGCAAUACUCAACAUUUUCUGGCUUUCUUGUGUUCCCUCUGUAAAAAAAAAAAAAAAAA